AUGUUGUUUAAAAUUCACAGGUUAUACAAAACUCCCUUUUAAAUGGUUUGACUACCUCAGGGAAACUGACUCAAUAGCAGCACCUGUAAAGCUCUUCAAUAAGGAAGUUCCAAACCAUGGGUUUCAUGUUGGAAUGAAACUGGAGGCUGUUGAUCUGAUGGAACCUCGCCUGGUAUGUGUGGCCACAGUAACUCGCAUUAUCCAUCGUCUUUUGAGGAUACACUUUGAUGGGUGGGAAGAUGAAUAUGAUCAGUGGGUGGAUUGUGAGUCCCCAGACCUCUAUCCAGUAGGAUGGUGUCAGCUAACUGGAUAUCAACUACAGCCUCCAGCACCACAGUCAUCAAGAGAUAGCCAGUCAAGUUCAUCAAAACAGAAGAAAAAAGCUAAAUCGCAACAGUACAAAGGACAUAAGAAAAUGACUUCAUUGCAGCUGAAGGACGAACUGCUAGAUGGAGAAGAGUACAGCUUCCUUCAGGGAGCUUCUGAUCAGGAAAGCAACGGAUCUGCCAGUUACUACAUCAAACAGGAACCCUAAUGCAGCUCAGAAGAGUGAGGGGCAGAGUAUUGGUGACAUGAAAAGAGCCUUUCUCCAAGACUGACUGAUUUUGUUCCCACUUGGACAGUACAGUUCAGGUGACUGUACCUGGGGCACUUUGCUAACUGUAGAUGAGUUAGACUCAGUUCAGAAUUUUUUGGAAGGACGGGGAAACUAUUUUAGUGAAAAA